AGUUUCCUUGCCUUUGAUUGCAUUUGUUUUUCAGUUUCUCUGACCAAGCUCAACAAGCAAGAUAUCUUGGAUCCUUUAAGAUCUUGUCACUAUAUAUGUUCUAAUCCCUCUGCUUCUGCUUUCUCGAACCAGGCCAUAAAUUAAUAACCAAUGCAAGUGUUUUGAACUUGGGUGUUCUGAACUCAUUUGGCUAUGGAGAUGACAGGGCAGACUCGAAGCAGAGACCAAAUUUCAAUUGAUGUUAGAGAACCUGAUGAGGAUUUGGUGGCUUCUAUCAGAGAAAAAAUGGAAAACAUUUCUUACUUGCAUUGUAUCUGCAGAGUGGACAAACAUCUUUCUGAACCAAAUCCCAGGGCAUACAUUCCUGACAAAGUCUCAAUUGGUCCUUAUCACCAUAAUUCUAAUGAAGUUUUAAAAGCUAUGGAAGAUCAGAAAUGGCACUACGUACAUACACUUCUAAAUCGAAAACCAAACCUAGAAGCAAGCAUAGAUGACUGUGUCACUGCACUUAGAGAGGUUGAACAUAGAGCGCGUGCAUGCUACCACGGAGGCAUUGGCGGUGAUUGCUCAUCAGAUCAAUUCCUACAAAUGAUGUUCGUUGAUGGGUGUUUCAUUAUCGAACUCUUUCUUAAAUAUUCCAUUAAGAGCUUAAGACGCCGAAAUGAUCCCAUUUUUAGUACUCCUGGAAUGCUCUUUGAUUUAAGGUGUGACCUAAUAUUGCUAGAAAAUCAAAUUCCUUUGUUCGUUCUUCAAAGACUAUUUCAGGUUGUGCCAAAGCCGAAAGAAUGUACUUCUUCUUUCGCUGAGUUAGCUUUCCGCUUCUUCAGAAACAUGAUUCCAGGUGAUCCCAAGAUUAAUCGCGAAAAAUUCAACCAAGAAGCACAUCAUCUGCUUGACAUUAUCUGCCAUUGUUUACUUCCAACAUAUCCAAGAGAAGUGACAUCAAAGCCAUCCAAGUUCGAGAAUGAUGAGGAUCUACCAUCUCUCACCGAGCUUAAAGCUUCAGGAGUUAGGGUCAAGAUUGCAAGAACAGACAAUUUAUUGGACAUAAAGUUUUCGAAAGGAGUUCUUCGAAUCCCACCAAUUGUAGUCCAUCAAUAUACAGAAAGUCUUUUCAGGAAUUUAAUCGCGCUCGAGGCAUGUUCUACUGACAGUAUGCAGCAUAUAACUUCUUAUGCAGUUUUCAUGAAAACCCUACUGAGAGUGGACAAGGAUGUGAAACUUCUUAAGCGGAGGGAGAUUCUAACAAGCUACGAUGUUUCUGAAAAAGAGGUUGAUAAACUGUUUGCUGUGCUUUGCAGUGGAGUGAAGCUGAAAGAAUACUAUUAUGACGGUCUUUGUGAACAAUUGAAUGAGUAUAAAGAAGGCAUCGGUUGGCAUAAGAAAUUGAAGUACGGAAAAAAACAUGGAAAGAAUCCUCAGUUACGUUCGAUUCUGCUUGUUGCAAUGUUGGUUCUUCUUCUUACACUUGUUGGAACUUUGUUUUCUGUUCUUUCUUUUGUCCACCGUUUUUAGGAAAAUUUUCAAAACAACCUAAAAUCUUGUUUUGCUUAUCUCUGUUUUGAUAUGAAUGGAUUUAUUGUUUUCCACUUGUACUGGCUAUCAUUUAAUCAAGUUGUCGCUCCUAAUUGUUAUUAAUAAGGUAUCUUCUACCAUGCUUACAAGUA